UUCAGUGACAGCACCAGCUCCGUAUUCUCCUGCGGGUCCAGCAGCUCCUCCAUGGGGUCUGGGAGCCCUGUGUUUCGAGGCUCCCUCUUUGGAGACACCCCCAGCGCCCAGGUGUGGUGGGGUGAGGAGGAGGAGGAAGAAGAGGAGGAGGAGGAGGAGGAGGAGGAUUCGUCCCCCAUCACGCCUCAGAAGCCUCCUGCCAGCCCCAGCCUGGUACUUGUGGCGCCUCCUCCCAGCCCAGAGCAGGAGUUCAGUGACAGCACCAGCUCCGUAUUCUCCUGCGGGUCCAGCAGCUCCUCCGUGGGGUCUGGGAGCCCUGUGUUUCAAGGCUCCCUCUUUGGAGCCUCGCUCCAGGCCCUCCAGCCACCCGCUCCAGCCCUGCCUACUCCUCCUCGUGAUCUUCCCCGACAACGGCAAUUUCGACCACCCGGCUUCGACCUCCGGCGCAGAUAUGGACUCUGGCUCCGGAUGGGCCUGCACAUAGUCAACACCUGGCUGCAGUAGACAGGCCCCACCGUAAAUCAAACCCCAACCCUGCCCCAUGACCCCUUAGUCCCUCCCACCUGUCACCGGAAGUCCUGCCCCAUGGGGGUAUUACUUCGUGGUCAAGGCGGCCACAUGACUGGAAGCCAGGUGU